GCCACCUGCCUGCUGCAACCACACAAAGCAGCAUCAGUAGCGUCAUCAUGUCGGCGAUGCGCAGUGGAGUGGUUUCAUGUCUCCUACGACGAGCGUUCGCGGUGCGUCGACCACCGGUGGUCUCGACGUCAUCCUCCUUUUCCCCGAUCUGCAGCACGACCAUCCCUGCUGCUGCGCCGCGCUCGACCGCGGAACGAUCUUGCAGCGGCAACCAGCAUGUGCCGCAUCGGCAUCAGCGAGCGGGGCUUUCGACGUUGAGAAGGGGGCUGACAGGCCCUCUGUCGGCAAGACUUCGGCUGCCCAUGCGGGGCCUGGAGGAGUUCCGCGAUCCAGAGGUUGUGAAGGCCGGGGACGUUCCCAUCGUCGGGAGGAGCUGGACCGUGCCUGAGCUGCGGAGAAAGAGCUUCGAAGACCUGCACAAGCUCUGGUUCGUGCUGUACAAGGAGAAGAACAUGCUCAUGUCGCAGGUUGUGCUGAGCCGACGGUCGAAAGUGCCCAUCCCGGCUGGGGACCGCAGGCAAAAGGUGAAGCGGUCGAUGAAGGCCAUCAAGGUAGUGGUGGGAGAACGCCAACGAGUUAAGCGGGCGGCCCUCCGGGAGCGCCAGCUAGCCGCAAAGCGAGAGCAGCGGCAAGCGGCGGCGGCGGCGGCAGCGGCAGAAGGCGAGGGUGGCGCAUCGGAAAAGGGCAGCCAAGCAGCGUCGACUGGUUAGUUAGGCAGGCAGGCCCUCCCCUACCAAACUUUGGUUUGUGUUGACGAUGGCCAUAUGGCGGAGGUGGCGUUGGUGCAGGAGCCGGGGGCUUUGGAGUCGCUAGGGGGAAGAAGACACGACCGGGCCACGACCUGGCUGUGUGAGGGAAGACGAGGAGGAGCGAUACAGAGAGUGGCGAAGGUUUUUUGAGGGUCAAGCCUCAAUUGUCGGUGUUCGUUCAACCCCACGUCUGAUUGGAUGUUUGGCUGGGGACGAAGUUGCGUGCAGGAAGCAGACGUGUGUUGAAGUGUGCGAGGCAACUCGCUUUCCGCGCUGGCGGCUCCACAAGCGGAGGGGGUUGCGGGAACGUACUCUCUCUCUCUCUUUUGUGCUUUUCUUGAGGGGUUUGAUCAUCGAUCGCGCGUCUCUUUUGAUGC